UCAUCCUCAGGGGAUGUCAUUCAACUGUGGGUGCCUGCGUUAUGUGAAAGUCGUGUAAGGCAGAUGACAGUAGGAUAACGCAUAUUUUUAUUUUGUGCCUUAAGGCCAAACUUAUCUAAUUGAGCAUCAUGAUUCGUUUAGAGAUGACCUGAUUGGCCUGAUUUUUUUAUAAGGGGUCGUCAUUUCCAAUGAGAUCGUCUGUGAGUGUUAUUCUGUCCAGCCCUGCCCCUGACACCAGCAUGUCCCACCCAGAUUAUGAACAAACUGGUCAUGACCAUGCAUCUCUCCUGAUACUUGUGAAACAUAUUGGAAGCCAGCUCAAACCAAAACAUUUUGUUCGUAUGUUUGAACGAAUUUCACGUGUAUGUCAAGAACGAGUGGAAGAUUCUUCAGGAGUAGCACAUGCUGUCACAGCACGUUACAUAAAAGAAUAUCCUGUUGAAAACAAUGAUUGGGGUGAUUUUCAAACACAUCGCAGAUUGCUGGGUUUAAUUACUGUGGGGAAGUACGAUAGCCAACAAGAACUAAAUGAGCUGUGUCGACUUCAUGAGUCUCUAAAAGUGAAGUAUUCUUCAACUAUCUUUGAUUCUCGAUGUGUACUCUUGGGUUACCCUGAUCCACCCCCAUAUACACCACCCUCGAAUUUCAAAGCUGCAGAAGCUCUAUGGUAUGAGGAUCCAGAAUCAUGUCCUGGGAUGGAAGCACAGCUAUGUUCAUUUAUCCAUGCAGUGUUUUGGGUAUUGGAAUCAAAGAGAUUGGAACGGGGUCGUGAGAAAAUUGACCGAGUGACUUUACUGCAAGCACCUUUCGAAAAGAAGGAUUUUGUUGGAUUAGACUUGGAGUCUCGUACAAACCGGAAAAGAUGUGUGGGUCGAAUGACAAAGCAUUUAGGUGACUUAUCACUGCAGUCUGGACUCUAUGCAGAAGCUCUUAAUUACUACACUUCAGCUUGUGAAGUUUUACGAUCGGUGAAUGAUUGGUUAUGGCUUGGAGGCGCUCUGGAAGGUUUAUGUGCCACAUCUGUUGUUGUACUUUUUCCUAAUUUGGGUCGAGGAGCUACUCUACAACGUAAUGCCUCUCUGCCAGAAGGAAGCCCAGGCAAACAAAGGAGUAGUGCCAUCUCUACCAAUUCUCUUCCUAAUGGUAUUCAACCAGCAGAUGUGCAACAAGCACAACAAGAAAUGAAUAAUCUCCUAACUCCUGAAGAAGUCCUGAAGCGAUAUCGAGAAGCUAUUAUCCACUAUAGCAAGUAUCAAAAUGCUGGUAUUAUCGAGACAGAGGCUAGUUUCAAAGCUGCUCGCAUAGCUGUUGAACAGAGCUGUACACUACAGGCUGCAUCUUUCCUACAAAAUGUCAUUUUCAUCAACUUACCAUUAAGUGAACAAGAAAAGAUCCAGCGAUUUACAAGUUUAUCUGACUUGUACUGUCAAAUUGGUUUCCUACGCAAGGCAUCAUUUUGCAGGCGUUUAGCAGCCACCCGUCAUGUAUCUACUCAGAAUCCUCAGCCGAAUUGGGCCCAUUGCUAUCAGCUGAUGUUACAAGCAUUGAGAGGUCAUCGUCUUUCCUUGGAUCCAGCCGAAUUGCCUGCAGAUGGUGUUCAAGGAUGGCCAGUUCUGCAAGUUCAGUUACUCCAGGAACUUGUAGUGGCUGCAAAACGUGCUGGUCUCCCAGCAUUGGCUACAAGGCAUAUGACCUUUCUAUUACAAAGUAUGUGGGGUCACUUGUCACUAGUUGAAAGACGUGACCUUGCAAUGCAACUGCAGGCACUUGCAGCUCAGUGCGAAGGUGCACCCGUUCCCUUGGUCUUAGAUUCAGGACAGGUUGUGCCACCUGCCAACUUAACCAGUGUACCAUCGGUUCGAAGUUUCUCUCUUCAAAAUUUACCAGCACCUCUGCGACCUCAGAAACUGGAAACACAACAAGAAGAUUCAGGCCCAUUUCUUUUUACUCCUAUCCACUUUGGUUCCCUGGAGAGGCGUUCUGGGGCUUCCAGCAAAAUGGAUUACCAGUGGGUAGUUGGAGACACCUGUGAAGUGUCCUUGGAGCUAAGCAAUCCCCUGCCAUUUGAACUCAAGGUGUCAAACAUGCGCCUAUUAACAAGUGGAGCUGUCUUUGAAAGUCUUCCUACAUCACUUGCACUGCCUCCUGAUUCUGGUCCACAUCCUGCUAAACUGUGUGGUAUUCCUAAAGAAGUUGGAGAGUUAGAAGUUCUUGGCUUCUCCACACACACACUAGGCGUGAAGUCUAACAUUAGGUUGAAGCAUUUGCCUGGUUUCCCGCACCCUCAGCUGCAAGUUGAUGUGGUCCCCGCAUUGCCUCAACUCACUGUGACAGUCUCGCCUCCUGCCGGCACUUUGGCGCCUUCCUCAGCUAGCCCAUCAUGUCUGGGAACCACAGCUCAUGUGGUAUCAUCCCUUAGCUUAGCAUUGUAUGCUGGCCAAAGUGUGGAGGUUGGCAUCCAGUUGCGAAGCACAGGGACAGAACCAGUUCAACUCCUAGAGGCUGCUGUUUCCUCCCCACUCGACUCGCAGCUGCAAGCACAGGUUUUCCAGUUCAGUGCUGAAAACUUGCAGACUCAGCUUCCUUUGGCUCCUGGAAGUGCUGCCAGUUUGACACUUUAUUUGCAUUCAGCUUCUGAAUUUCUUGCUCCAGGUCUUAUGGAUGCCGAACUUGGCAGCCUGCCUGCCAGUAGUCUUCCUAUGAGUAGCCAACCUGCUAGUUUUCUCUCAGGUCCAAGUUCAUUACCUUCUCGUCUUAGUUCUCCUGCUCUGCCUGCUCGAAGACAUGAUCUUACGGCUUCCUUCAGG